AUGGACUCAUUUGACAGUCCGCUUGCCUCACCUUCAAAGGCACGGCAAGCUGCUAUGCAAGCGAAGGACUGGGCGUACAUAAAUUCAUGGCUCGCUCGGCAAUAUGCGCCCAAACCCACACCCCAAUUCGAACGAAAUGAGGACACACUCCGUGUUCUCCUGACAUUGGCAGCGGCCAAUGAUGCCGCAGACGAGGAAGCAAAUGUCCAACAUCGAGCACGGGAAGAAGCCAUCCAAGCCUUCAAAGCCAAGGAAGAGGCUGAGCGCAAAGACCCACACGAGCGACAAAAGAACGAGAUUCUAGAUGAAGUGGAAAUGUGUCUUGACGACAAGGGAAAGCGUGAUCUCGAUGACCUUGCCGAGUCGGCGGUUGUAAUGGGCAACACACUGAACCCCGAGCCAGAGGAUCUGAGUCACUCGAUUGUUGAGCUGACGGCAGAGGAUUUUGAAGCGCAAGACCAAAUAGCCAAGGUUGAAACGCUACGUCUAUACUUGCAGAAAGAGCUUUCCCGUCUUCAAGCUGAUCUGGAGCAGCUCAAGUCGGACGAGGCAUAUUCCAUACCUCAAGGCAUCCAGGUACAGACCUCGGAGUGGAUCCGUGGCACCAAAACGCUGUCUACGAAAGUUGGGGAGUAUCAUGACCGAAUCGCUUCAUUGGAAAGAAACCAGCCGCAAGGUCCUACAAUUGAACAACUGAUGGCGGAAGAAGAAAGUGUGAUUCGUAUGCGAGAGAUGGUUGUUUCUCUGGAGGGACGUGUAAGGGCUUUUCACGAUCUUCCUACCGAUAUUCCAGGGGCACGGGCCAGAUACAAGGAACUGGAGCGAGAGCUAGGUCAGCUUAUUCGGCAGCGUGAUACAAUGUUUGGUACCCUGGUAAGGUGA